AACAAUUUCUCCAAAAAAUCACCCAAAUACAAAGUAAAAUGGUUGAUUCUGUUGCAACAAUAGCUCCUGAAACACUUCGGGACCUGUUGAUUGAGGAAGCAAAGUUUUUAUCGAGUGUGGACGGUGAGGUUGAGGAAGUCCGUAGGCAGCUCAACAUCAUGCACUGUUUCUUGAAGGAUGCUGAUAGGAGGCAAGAUCGGUACAAUUCACAGACAGACCAGAAUUGGGUCGCUGAACUUCGCGAUUUGUCCAUUCAAGCUGAGAAUGUACUAGAAAGAUAUGUCAUUGAAGUGGUGUCCAGAAGAGAAGGAAAAGGCCUUAAAAGGGUUCUCAAAAGAUUCACUUGUAUAUUGAACGAGUGGUCGAGAAUGCACCAAAUCGGAGAAGACAUUAAAGAUAUCAAGUCUCGUAUGUCCGACCUCACCAAACAGUCGAAGUCCAUGAGUGUAGGAGACAACUCAUCAAGUUUGGUAGAUGAUAUCGAUUGGUCGAGAAGAACGUAUGGGCAUGAGGCUGAAAAAUAUUUUGUAGGAAUGAAGGAGGAUAUUAAACAGUUAGAAUCAGUUAUGACAACUGAUGACAAAUCAAAUGGAGUGAUUUCCAUAUGUGGCAUGGGAGGCUUGGGAAAGACCACUCUUGCUACUAAAAUUUACAAUGGGGAGGCCGUGCAGCGAUGCUUCAAAUAUCGUGCUUGGGUUUGUGUAAGCCAGCAAUUUCAACCUAGAACUAUUUUAAAUCUUGAUUCGUACCUCCAACAUGGGAAAGGUUUGGAGAAUGACAAAAAAGUAAAUCAAAUACUAGAUUUGAGUUACAAUGUGCUCCCUUACAACCUGAAACCAUGCUUUUUGUAUUUGGCAUGUUUUAAAGAGGAUCAAGAAAUAGAUACAGAAAAACUAUAUUUACUAUGGAUGGCUGAAGGAAUGAUUUCUUCAGAAGAUAAGGGAAGGGGAGAAAGUUUGAGAGAUGUGGGAGAACGGUAUUUAUUCGAGCUAGCAAAUAGGUGUUUGGUUCAAGUGGAAAUAGACGAGUUGCCGCUUUAUAAUAGGUUUAAGUCAUGUCGGCUUCAUGAUUUGAUUAGAGAUCUAUGUUUGUCAAAAGGGAAAAGACAAGGAUUUUUGGAGGUUAUGGAUAGAGAGAUGGGAGGAGGAGACUCUUCCAUUUGCAAAACAGAUAGACUGGCUAUCUAUAUGCACAGAUUGGAUAAUGAUCUUAGUUAUAGGAUUGGAGAAAAUAAGAACAUAAGAUCUCUUCUAUUCCUCAAAACGGACUGGGGAAAUAUAGUUUGGUACAAUUACUUUACAUUUGGGAUUUUCAAAUCUCUCAAAGUUUUAGUAUUGGAAGGUUAUUCAUUUGAGAAUCUGAAAUUGCCCAAAGGAAUAGAAAAAUUGAAGCUGUUGAAGCUAUUGAGUAUCGAAAAUAGUACUGUGAAAGAAUUGCCAGCAUCUAUAUGCAAGCUACCUUGUUUGCAGAUAUUGAAUGUGAAACAUACAUUUAGAUUACCUAAUUGCGUAUACAAAAUGAGGCGCUUGAGGCAUCUAUUUUUGCACCAUGAUCAUAAGAGCAUUGGAGGUGAAAAAUUGAAAUUGGAAGGGUUGAAUGAGUUGGAGAUGAUAACUGGGUUCAAGAGUUUGGUUGAUGACAUCACUCAUCUUCUUAAAUUGCCGAAACUCCGAGUAUUGGAAGGAAGAAUUUGUGAUGAAGAAAGUUUGUCAAUGAUUGUUGAUCACAUCUUAAAUCAUCAAGAACAAUUUCGCGACGUACGACUUCAGAUUGAAAUGGAUGUUAAUAUGGAUUCGGAAGAUGGCUCAACUCUUCUCAAAAGGUUGGUGACGUGUCACUCGCUACAUUACUUGAGAAUCGCACAUUGUCAAGUGAGCAAAUUACCAGCUUAUGAAGUUCAACUAUAUCAAAAUGUGAUAGAAUUGCACCUUGUGGGUACAAGGAUUGAGGAAGACCCAAUGGAAAUACUAGAGAAGCUUCCCAUGUUAAGAGUUCUUGGCUUGUGGCGCAAUCCAUAUAUGGGCAAUGAGAUGGUUUGUCGGGCAACUGGAUUUCCUCAACUCAGAGACCUUGUUCUGUUUGGGUUGUCGAAUUUAGUGGAAUGGAGAGUGGAGAAAGGAGCAAUGCUCAAUCUAUCUUUUCUUUAUAUUAAAGCAUGCAGAAAAUUGGCGAUGAUUCCAGAUGGAUUGAAAUUCAUCUCUACUCUCAAAGAAAUGGAAAUUAUGUUAAUGCCACAAGAGUUCAUGAAGAGGGUACAAGUGGUGGAUGGUGAAGAAGGAGAAGAUUAUCACAAAAUCAAACACAUACCUUUCAUUUACAUUUAUAAUUAAGACUAACAAUGGUGAGAGAGUAGUACCUCAUCAUCCUGUUCAUGUGCUUUGCCCUCCAUUCAUUGUCAAUUGCUUCUUGUUUGAAUCAUACAUGGC